GGGGGGAGUCACUUUUCUCCCAAGCCUGAAUGAACAACAUUCAGCAAGUCUCACGUUCAAAGCAAGUCUCAUUCAAAAAAGACAGGUCGUGUGGAGCCUAUUUUCAAUUUCGUGAAGCCCCUUUCCCCAUGGUUUGAAAUGAAUUGGCAUGGCUCUGGCAUAGCCCAAGUUUUUUAGGCAGUGUCAAACAAUGGCUUCAGUUAUAGAUGAGGUGACAAACUCUGGGCUGGCAGGGUGACUCCACCUCCCCAUAGCGGAGCAGCGCCUGCAACCAGCCACUCAAGCGUGGGUCGAGCUGCCCCUCCGCUGCAUCUUCCUUUUCUGGGCAAACACUUCCCUCUCCCGGUACAAAAGUUAACUACAGCCACACCACGCCAAAAAUAAUGCCCCACAUAUUCCCAUCUAUCCUUCCAUGCGUUACUUUAAAUAUUUGCACUUAAUAAUGACAAAACACUUAAUUUUAAUAUUACUCGCCUAUGAAAGGAAUAUUGGAUGUUUGAGCUUUUUCCCACCUUUGAACAAAAGUCUGGCAGUACCUGAGCUUUUGGCCAGACACCAAGGUCCCUUCUACUCCAAACAAUUCCAUGAUUCUCAUUCUAUGGUCAUGAUAAAUGUAAUUUCUGCUGGAAAUAUUUCUGUCGCCCAGGAGGUAUCUGUAGGAUAUAGCUCAACCUGUAAAUUGUCAGCACUGAGGUGAUUUUACUGAUGAUAUAAGUAAGUCCCUAACCAUUUUUACUUCAGUGAAAAUGGUGUCACACUGUUUAUCAGGAAAAAAAAAUAACCAACAGCUACAUCUGUAGAGUCAUUUCCACUGUAGCAAUAGUGAAACGUGAGAAGUCUGGGCACAAGUCUGAUGAGGAGAGGCUGAGGAAGCUGGGGUUGAUUAACCUGGAGAAGAGGCUCAGGUUGUUGUUCAAAAUAGGUCCUUUCACCUGAUAUUCAAGAAGCCAAUCCACAAGCUGAGUCGAGGUAUUUUAUUUAUUUACAGUCCUGAGCAGAGAGGGCUGCCGAGUAGCAAAUCCACAAAGCCAGCACGCUGACUACCAACAUGUUUCACUAUUUAUACAUUUUAGCAAACAAAGGCAUUAAUGUUCACUGGCUACAAGUUACAUAGUUCUCUUAUUAAUUUGUAUUCUAUCUUCUGUUAGUUAAAUAAUUCCCUAAUUCUCACUCUAAUUAGUCUGUAUGGUCAGGCCUUCUCCUGAGACCAUGAGUCGGUGGUCGCAAUCUCCCUGCCAGAAUUACCUUUUACCCAGCUCAGCAGAUUCCAGCACAGUUGAAGAGUGGGCUUUGUUAAUUCCAUCCUUAUCUCAGGAGUUCUGCCAAACGUUCUGGUGGCCUGUAAAUGCUGCGUUCUUUUGUGUCCACUCUCAGUGGCACAUCCCCGAGCUUUGUCGACCUCCCCACAUCCGAGAUCAUUGAACCAUGUCAAACACUAAACCUUAACAAGCCAAUCCUACCGACAUGUCAUUUACCCUUCUAACACCUGCACAUCAAGGGAAGACCUCAUCACCCUCGACAACACCUGAGGGGAGGCUGUGGCCAGCUGGGGCUCGGCCUCUUCUCUCCGGCAACAACUGACAGGACAAGAGCAAAUGGCCUCAAGUUGUGCCAGGGGAGGUUUAGGCUGGAUAUCAGGAACAACCGGCUCACUGGAAGGGCUGCCAAGCAUUGGAACAGGCUGUCCAGGGAAGCGGCGGAGUCACCACCUCGGGAAGCGUGCGGAUGUGGCCGCUGGGGACGCGUUUCGGUGGCGGCCCGGCAGUGCCGGGUUAACGGUCGGACCCCACCGUCCCGGAGGUGCUUCCCAACCCAAAGCUCCGCACGACCCGGCGCUCCCAGGGCCGUCCCGCCGCCAGAGCCGCCGGCGCCCGCGCUCCGCCCUCAUCCCGCCGGGGGAGCGGGGCCAUGGCGUCAUCGGCGCGCGCCCGCAGCGCCGCCCGCCCGGGAACAUGUCGCCGCCGCUCUUCAGCCUGCCCGAGGCGCGGCUCCGCUUCACGACAUCCACCAGAGAGGCUCUGAUUAACAAAAGCAUCAAGCCAUUGUUGAAUGCAUUUAACCAGGUUCCUGGAAGUGAAAAUGAAAAAAAGUGUACCUUGGAUCAAGCUUUUAGAGUUGUUGUAGAAGAAGAAAUAAUAAACAAAGCUCCAUGUGAGAAUCUCCUGGCAAUUAUUUCUCUUGCUAUUAAUGGAGUCACAGAAGGUAUUUGCACUGCAUCAACUCCUUUUGUGCUUUUGGGGGAUGUUCUGGAUUGCCUUCCUUUGGAUCAGUGUGACAAAAUUUUCACUUUUGUGGAGAAAAAUGUUGCUACAUGGAAAUCGAACACAUUUUACUCUGCAGGGAAAAAUUACUUGCUGCGCAUGUGCAAUGAUCUCCUAAGAAGAUUAUCUAAGUCACAAAACACAGUCUUUUGUGGAAGAAUUCAGCUGUUCUUGGCUAGGUUAUUUCCACUUUCAGAAAAGUCAGGGCUUAACCUACAGAGUCAGUUUAACCUGGAAAAUGUCACUGUUUUCAAUACCAAUGAACAUGAGAGCACUCUGGGACAGAAGCACACCGAGGAGAGGGAAGAAGGAAUGGACGUGGAAGAAGGUGAAAUGGGAGAUGAUGAAGCACCAACAAGUUGUUCCAUUCCAAUAGAUUAUAACCUGUAUAGAAAAUUCUGGUCACUUCAAGAUUAUUUUAGAAAUCCUGUGCAGUGCUAUGAGAAGGUGUCAUGGAAGACGUUUCUUAAGUACUCAGAAGAAGUUUUGGCUGUUUUCAAAAGUUACAAGUUGGAUGACACCCAGGCUUCCCGAAAAAAGCUGGAAGAAUUAAAAACAGGAGGAGAACAUGUAUAUUUUGCAAAGUUCCUAACUAGUGAAAAGCUGAUGGAUUUACAGCUCAGUGACAGUAACUUCCGUCGUCACAUCUUGUUGCAGUACCUAAUACUAUUUCAGUAUCUAAAGGGACAAGUCAAAUUUAAAAGUUCAAACUAUGUUCUAACAGAUGAACAGUCUCUUUGGAUUGAAGAUACUACAAAAGCAGUCUACCAGCUUCUUUCAGAAAAUCCUCCAGAUGGGGAAAGAUUCUCAAAAAUGGUAGAGCAUAUAUUAAAUACUGAAGAAAACUGGAACUCGUGGAAAAAUGAGGGCUGCCCAAGCUUUGUGAAAGAAAGAUCUCAUCCAGAGUUUCAGCUUGGACCUCCUGAUUCUAAGCCAAUGAGACCUGUGAGGAAGAGGCCAGCUCCAGAGGACUUCUUAGGAAAAGGAUCAAACAAAAAAAUCCUUAUGGGGAAUGAGGAACUGACCCGCCUUUGGAAUUUAUGUCCUGAUAACAUGGAGGCCUGUAAAUCUGAGAGUAGGGAAUAUAUGCCAACACUGGAGGAAUUUUUUGAGGAAGCUAUUGAGCAAGCAGACCCUGAAAACAUGGUUGAAAAUAAGUAUAAGGCUGUGAACAAUUCUAACUAUGGCUGGAGAGCACUGAGACUUCUGGCACGCAGAAGUCCCCACUUCUUCCAGCCAACAAACCAACAGUUCAAGAGUUUACCUGAAUAUCUAGAAAACAUGGUAAUCAAAUUAGCCAAGGAGCUGCCUCCUCCUUCUGAAGAAAUAAAAACAGGUGAAGAUGACGAUGAGGAAGAUAAUGAUGCUUUAUUAAAGGAAAACAAUGAAAGUCCAGAGGUGCAACGGGACAAAGCCAUGACAGGCGAGCAGAUCGAGUCCUUUGCGAACAGGCUGGGGGAACAGUGGAAGGCCUUGGCCCCCUACUUGGAGAUGAAGGAAUCUGAUAUCCGGCAGAUUGAGCUGGACAGCGAGGACGUGAAGAUGAGAGCGAAGCAGCUGCUGGUGGCCUGGCAGGAUCAGGAGGGCAUUCACGCCACCCCUGAGAACCUGAUCACGGCGCUGACCAAAGCCGGGCUCGGGGACCUGGCCGAAAGCCUCACCAACGACACCGAAGGCAGCAGCUAACUCGCCUCAGAUGCCAACUGACUGACUUGGGGCUGGGGGUGUUGGUAAUUGUGACUCUUCUGGUGCUUGCCAUUGAUAAUUGUUACUUUUGUUGCUAGGUAACAGAUUUUUGAUAGGUAUUUUAUGUUCAGUAAAGGAUAUAAAGCUUUUUAAUAUUA